AUGGCCGGGGGAGGCAAAGAUCCAGAUAUGUGUGCGCCGCCGCCCACGAUCGGGCUGCCAGUGUACCCCGGGGAAAAGGACCUGUUUCAGUUCGCCCAAAACUUCGAGUUCCUCGAGGGCGAGUUCUUCAUGUUCGGCGCCCUCGGCUACGGCUACGACACCGUCGCGCCGGGCAUGUCCAUGGGCGGGCCGCCGCCGGUCGGCGCCAGAAAAGCCAACCUCGACAAUACCACGAAGGACAUCAUCGAAGAGCUCGGCUACCAAGAAGUCGGCAACAUGAGGGCGGUCAAGAACGAAUUUGGGGGGAUACCAAGGCCGCUGCUCAACUUGAGCGAUGGAGUCUUUGCAGACAUAAUGAACGAUGCCUUUGGGUACAAUCUGAACCCUCCGUUUGAUCCCUACAACGACACUCUCAAGUACCUCAUUGCUGCCUACGUGAUCCCCUACGUGGGCGUCGUCACCGCCGUUGGUGCAAAUCCCAGCGUUAGGGGUUACGAGUCCAAGAGGCUUUUGGCGGGACUGUUAGCUGUGGAAGCUGGCCAAGACGCGAUCAUAAGAACGUUAUUGUACGAGCGCAAGUACGAGUUGGUGCCGCCGUACAAUAUCACGGUGGCCGAGUUUACGAUCAAGAUAUCGGAGCUGAGGAACCGGCUGGCGAUGUGCGGCGUCAAAGAUGAAGGCCUCAUCGUUCCGAUGCCGUUGGGCGCCGAGGGAAAGCUGACCACCAACAUACUGUCGGCCGACAACGAUUCCCUCGCCUACCAGCGAACUCCGAAUGAGGCGCUCCGGGUGCUCUACCUUACCGGAAGUGAGUGCCAGCCGGGAGGGUUCUUUCCCCAAGGCGCGAAUGGGAAAAUCGCAAAGGAGUUCUUAAUAUCUCCUUGUUGA